CGCCCCCUUAUGUGGUAUCAGCCAAUCGACUUCCGCCGCGCUGCUGCGUGGCUCUUAACGGCAGAGCAUCGGGUCGGAUCCCUCACUCUGCGUACCUGGCUUGGCCUUCGGGGGCGUCGCCGCGUCUUGAAGUGCUACACAAUGUCUUUGCAGGCAGAGUUUGAGAAGUUGGCUGAGGAUGUAAAGAACGUGAAGACGAGGCCGGAGGACCAGGAGCUGCUGGAUAUGUAUGGGCUGUACAAGCAAGCCACCGUCGGGGACAUAAACACCGAGAAACCGGGGCUAUUGGACUUCAAAGGCAAAGCGAAAUGGGAAGCCUGGAGCUCCAGGACAGGAAUGUCCAAGGAUGAUGCCAUGACAGCCUACAUUGCUAUAGCAAAGGACGUCAUCGCCAAAUAUGGAAUGUGAUUAUUAUUAUUUUUUAAAGGCAAAGCCCUUAAGUACUGUAGCUCAGUUUUAUCAAAAAAUCAGCUUAGUCAGUAAGACACAGUUUGAAGUAAUCUCAUAUAGAAUCUAGUCAGCCGUCAUCCUUUAAUUUUUUAUGAUUCUUUAAAAUUGUGCUGUCAACUUCUUACAUGGCUUAAACUAUUAAAAACUAUUCUGAAUUAGUUUACCAGUCUCAUUUAUAUUCAGUGUUAGUUCUAAUGUAAACCUGUGUCUGUCGACAUCCAGCAUAUCGUAAAGUGUGUAUUUUGCACCUGUAACAGAUCUGUGCAUUAGAUUGGUACACACUCAGUUGUUUACUUGUUUCAUUAAAACAGAAAAGGUGUAUUA